AUGCUUGUGGAAACCGACCCGGCGGAGAGGGAGCCAGAGCAGCUUAGUGCAGUCAAACUGGAGGAGGAGGAGGCUGCUGGCCAGGAGGACCCCAGGCGGCCAGAGCUCAGGCUCCGGCCCGAAGUGGCUCACCAGCUCUUCAGAUGCUUCCAGUACCAGGAGGACAUGGGGCCCAGGGCCUCGCUGAGCCGGCUCCGGGAGCUGUGCGGCCACUGGCUGCGGCCAGCGCUGCACACCAAGAAGCAGAUCCUGGAGCUGCUGGUGCUGGAGCAGUUCCUGAGCGUGCUGCCCCCGCACAUCCUGGCCCGGCUCAAGGGCCAGCAGCUCAGGGACGGCGAGGAGGUGGUGCUGCUGCUGGAGGGAGUCCCGAGGGAGUCCAUCGACGUGGGGCCACUGGACUUUAGUUUUAACACGGGCAAGAACUGUCCCCGUGCAGACAUCACCGUGGAAGAGCACGGGGACCCUUCCCAGGUCUCUGUCCACAGCCCCAAAAAGGAAGUGCCCCCAGAAAAGCCUCCAGCUCUGGAACCAGCACCGGAACUCCUGCCCCCCCAACCAGGGCCCUCCCAGCCUGCUGAGCAGGGGGCCUGGAGACUUCCCCCAAGUUCAAAGCAGCCGCCGAGCCCAGGUCCCAAGAGGACAUUCCAGGCCCUGCAGGAGAGUGCCCCCCAGGGCCCCGAGCUGUGGUCUGAAGAGAACUCCCGUGAUCAGGAGCUGGCAGCUGUCCUGGAGUCCUUGACCUUUGAAGAUGUCCCCGUGAAGAAGGCAUGGCCUGUGUACCCUCUGGGAUUUACAAACAGAAUCCCAGUCGAGGAGUUCCAAGAAGAUCCCAAAGGGGUCGCCUGGUCUGCUGCUAGCGCAACAGAGUCUCCAGACAGUCCAGGGGCGGCGGCAGCAGAGGCCCAGGAGCAGCCGCUGGGGCCGGGCCCUGCGGUGAGCAGCUCCCGUGGAGGAGAAUCCUCCGACAGCAAGAGGGACGUGCUUGCGGAGGGCCCAGCGGCCGCCGGGGCCCCCAGGUCGGAGCCAGAGCCCAAGUUCAUCUGCACCGAAUGUGGGGUGAGCUUCCCGAAGCUGGCCCGCCUGGAAGGGCACCUGCUGCGCUCUCACCCGGGCCGGCGGUCCUUCCAGUGCCUGUGCUGCGGGAAGACCUUCGGCCGCAACUCCAUCCUCAAGCUGCACAUGCGCACGCACACGGAUGAGCGGCCGCACGCCUGCCAUCUGUGCAGCCACCGCUUCCUCCAGAGCUCCCACCUCAACAAGCACCUGCAGACACACUCGGAGCCCGCCUUCCUGUGCGCCGAAUGCGGCCAGGGCUUCCAGAGCCGGACCAGCCUCCUGCAGCACCUGCUGGCGCACGCCCAGGACCAAAAGGGCCCCUGUGCCCCGGACACCAAGGCCAAAGUGGCGGAGCUGACCCUCGUCCUGUGCUCGCACUGCGGCCAGACCUUCAAGCGCCGCUCCAGCCUCAAGCGUCACCUGCGGAUUCACGCCAAGGACAAGAGCCACCAGGGCCCCGAGGUUCCUUUUCGGCACCUGGCCACCCAUGCGGGCACCGGGGACCUGGCAUCCGGGCAGGCCGAGCCCCCCCAAGAGUGCCUGGAGUGCGGGAAGAGCUUCAGCCGCAGCUGCAACCUGCUGCGUCACAUGCUGGUGCACACAGGGGCCAGGCCCUACUCCUGCACACAGUGUGGCCGCAGCUUUAGCCGCAACUCCCACCUGAUUCGCCACCUGAGAACCCACUCCCGGGAGACCCUGUACUAG